AUGCCUGGUCAACGCGAGACCACCAAUACGCUCGAUCGGAUCACAUCUGACGUCGAGGCUUCUCAGUUCGUCAUACAACUAUGGUGUGCAACUAGGCAGCUGUACGGCUACGAGCACAUCUUCGACUCCGACAUUCAAGAGAAGAUUAAAGAUACGCUAAGUGUGAUCUGCGAGGUCUUUGAUCACGAAUCUCCUUUGCUCAUAAAGGACGAGCAUAUACCUGGUGUUGUGUCUAUCGCGAGAGAAAUGAUCGAAAUGAAUUUCAAGUGUCAAAAUAACCCCAAUGAGGAGUGCGUACUAGGACACUGGCUACCGAAGAUGGACCAGGCUGUGGGUUGGGCACGGCGGACCUGA